AUGGGCGCCGACAACGGAGAGAUGGAGCCAGCUCGUGGGGAUGCCCGUCGGCUGUUCCAGGAUGCAUUCAAGGAGCUGUACCAGCCGGAGGAUGUGUCAGAGGAGCAGGCCGGUGCGGGCGGGGGAGAGGAAGAGGGGGAGGAAGCCGGGGAAGGGGAUGAAGCAGAGGAGGCGGAACAGGACAAGGAGGAAACCAGGGUGGAGGUCGCCACUUCAGUGGAGGAGACCAUGCUACAGGUGAGUCAGCCAUGCAUCCCCCAUUGCACAGUUGCAGCAGAUGGUGACCACUGUGUUGUCCUGACCUCAAUCAGGCCGUUCGCGACGAGAUGACCGGCACCAUUCAGUCCCUGCGCGAGAUGGAAGCCAUGCUCCACGCCAAGAAGAAAGAAGCUGACCUAGCCGACCAAGAGACAGACGAGAGAGUGCGAGCAGAAGGUCUCAAGCUCAGAGCACAGUACCCAAUCGGCGACGGCGAGUUCACUAGACUCCUGGAUGUGGAGGGGGACAAGGUUGCGGAGAAGAGGCUAAUCCUGCCAUCAGACGUCAUGAGGGACGAGCUGGAGAAGAUAGAGAUAUCCCAGGGAGUUCUGUGGAAGCACGCCGACUGCCUGCAGAGGGCACGGCCCUCCGAGCCGACCUACCUCAAACCGACGGGAUCGAUCCUCAUUCGCAUGCAGGCCAGAAACAUACGGAAGACGUACGCGUGUAGAGAAGGGACACACACACACGCGCACACACGCAUAACGGUCAGACAGAUGUGUGUAUAUGGUUUAUCAGCCUCACUGCCGAGCGGCGAGAGACACUGGCGGCCAACGUGCAAGAGAGGGAAAGACAGCGGGUAAAGAUCAAGCCCACGAUGCGUCCCGAGGACCUCAAGGCCAACCAGGACAUCCUGCGACGGAUGAACAAGCGCAUCAGUUUCCUCCAGAACCCGCGAUACAAGAAGGCCGACGGCCAAGGCAGGUGCCCAUUCACCGUGCUGCCGAAUGUUGUGGUAAGAGACACGGUGUCCACGAUCACACCCAGUAUGGAUGGAUGUAUGUUUGUCAUUCUCCAGACGUUCCGGUCUUUCGAGAUAGGCGGCGUGUAUUCGAUCCCAGUCAAGUUCAUCAACACGUCGGCCGUCGGCAGGCGGCUGCGCGUCAUGCCCUCGUCCAUGCCCCACUUCACCAUCACACCCAUCACCUUGCUCAGACAGCUCAAUACCAACACCAACACGCAGAGCUGCGAGGGUGUGGUCGCGCCCGGAUUGACCGCUCAGGUCAGUUGACUGAACUCAUCGAUCCAUUCGUCCAGCCAUGCGUGUCCGUGCCUGGUUUGGAUGUAUGGGUGCAGAUAGAGGUGCGUUUCUGCCCGACAUCGAUAAGGGACAUCGACGACCAGCUGACCAUCCACACGGAGGAGGGGGAGUUUCCUUUGGUUGUCCGAGCAAGGAGACACCUGCCCUUACUCCGGUUCGCCGCAGCUGCUGCUGACGCUGCUGCUGCCGGCGGUGGUACCUCUGCCAGAGGCGGGUCGGAAUGGAAUGGCAGCGGCCUCAUCGACUGCGGAAACACGCUGGCCGGCACAACGAUCAACCACACGUGAGUGAAGAGAUCCUGUUGCAUGUCAUCCACCUGUGUCUCUUUGUCUUUCUCCAGCUUGACAUGCCGCAAUUCUGGCGGCACAGCAGACUUCUGUCUCAAGAUGGCGCAUGAGAUCGGUCAGGGAGAUGAGGAAAACGAUGAUAUGGACGAAGAGGCUGAGGGCGAAGAUGCGGCGACUCCUCUGGAAGUUGGCGCAUUCUCCGUCACGCCGAGGCGCUUCUCGGUCAAGCGGGACGAACAAGUGACGCUCCACACAACAUUCAGGUGGAUCAGUGCACAACGAAAUCGAUCCACCUACAGCAACAAUACCUGCUAACGUCUGUGAAUGUGCGGCACCAGGGGCACUGAGGUCGGUCCAUAUGAGGAGGUGCUGUAUGUAGUGAGUGACGACGGACAGCGGUGGCAGAUUGACAUAAGGGCACUGACCGAAGCAAUGCGGGUCGAGCUCACACACAUGGCCGAAAAACCAUGCCUUGGUGAGUGAGAAGUUGGGCAAAGACAGACGACAGACAGAGAGGCAGAGACAUGACAGUGCUGUGUUCGGGACCGCGAUCAGCUUCCUCAUUCGCCUCUCAUUGGCGCACGCUUGAAGAAGAGGAGGCCCUGCCAGAUGCUGAUGAGGGUGGCAUGCCCGCCUCCGACGUGCUGGCAUGGAGGUCGCUGCCCUGGCAACUGGACUUUCCAAACGUGCGGGUGAGCAGAGCCUUUCCAACGAGUGGCGUCCACAUGUACGUGUCUCUGUCUCCUCAGGUUGGUGCGGCCGACUCCCACGAGAUGACUCUUUUCAACGCCGCCUCCCUCCCCAUAUCCCUCAAAUGGACGCUGCAAUCGCCUCCCGAACACGUCGCGGCUUCCCUUAUAUCCCCCAUGACACUCACCCUCCCAGUCUCCCUCCUCUCCGAGAUCCAGAAAUGGCAGCAGUCGCCCUCCUUGCCAUUUGAGAUCCUGCCCAUGAAGGUGACGCUGCAGCCGGGCGCCAGCCAGACCUUCACAUUCAGCUACGCACCGGAGAGCGAUGCCGAUGAUCGGUCAAGGCCGAAACCGGAUCUCGCGGUGGCUCUUCUGCAAGCCGUUGGGAUUACAGAGGAGUCUUUGCUGACGCUGAACGACCUGCUGCAUCUGCAGAAGGAGGAGGGGAGAUCUGUCGAUGGCGGGAUACCUCUGUGGGGAACCGAUGCGCAAAGAGAAGACGACGGUGACGGUGAUCGUGCCUUAUUUGCCUCGUCUCUCACCCUUGUUCGCCUCUCUGGCUCCUCUGCCCGUCCGCUGCUGACCGUCUCGCCGCCCACAAUCGAGUUCUUCCCGCCGGUUUUUCCCUUCAUCACCCACACCGCCCACGUCUCCCUCUGCAAUCCCUCUGCAUACCCAGCAGAAGCCGCGUUCAAAUCUGGCGCGAUCAUCCCCAACACGGCCGCACAGAGAGACGGCAAGGAUGGCAAGCCGAUCGUGAUCAUCCCAGGGCAGGCCACCGACACCCACCCGACACCGCAUUUCUUCGCCAUCAUAUCGGUGUCGCCAUCCCAUCUGGUGAUCCCGGGUAACGCUACGAGGGAGGUGUGUGUGAGCGUGGCUGCCUACGAGACAGGGGUCUUCUCUGGCGAGCUGGUGGCUGAUGUGAGUGAUGGUGGUCAGCCCUUGACUGUGGGUGUCCGAGUUGAGGUUGGGGGUCCUGUGGUUCGAGUCAAGGAGCCGUCAAUGCUUAACUUUGGCAUUGUAGGCAAGCACAGCGAACAGCAAAUCGUAUUCUCACGGCCUCUGUCUUCUCAGGUGCCGGCUCGUUCGGCCCAUCACUGCGCAGUCACUCUCGACAACCCCACUAAGCUCCCUGCCCUCGCCCGCAUCGUGCCUCAGUGCCAAACGUCUCCACCGCCUUUGCCGCCUUUGCCAUACACGUCUCAUGCGGCAAUUGUCGAGGCUUUUCACGGAGGCGAAUGCCACGCUGCCGACGAAACAGACACGGAUAUCGAGACAGAAGCAGAGGAGGAACAGGGAUACCCUGGUGUGUGUGGGGUGUGCGGAUGUGUAGACCGGACAGGGAGAAGACACAAGGUACGUGCGGCAAGAGAGUGGGUUCCGUACGAGACCAUCUCUUGUGUUGUGGUGUGUAGGGUGGUGGUGGUAACGAGCGCGUAAGGGUGUCUCCGUCUUGGGUGAUCGUCCCGCCAGAAGGCGAGGCUGUGGUGAAUGUCACGCUCAUGACACACCUCAUCGGGCUGUAUGCCUCCACUGUCAAGGUAGGGUCACCAGUAGGUUGCUGACGGGUCAGUCACGUGCGUAUGUCAUUGGUCCCCGUUCAGCUGGACUGGUUUGGGAUGUCGGAUGACGAAUCUGAUCGCAUUGUGCUCGAUGUCUUUGCUGACGUACAGCUGCAAAAGUAAACAACCAAGCUCCCAGCCGCCAUACGCCACCACUCACCACUAGCGCCUCCUACCCAUGUGUGCAUGCAGGCUGACCAGUUCUCCCGCCUCCCUCUCCCUCCCCGUAUGCUACCUCGACCAGCCAUCCAAACCCCUCACUUUCACACUCACCAACCACUCCGACCUCCCAGCAUCCUUCCAAUGGCAGUGCCCAGGCAUCAACAAGGAGGGCCAAUUCGACUGCGACGACGUCCCCACCGAUCCGAGCACUGACGGCCUGGCGGUGCAGAUCGUGCCUGCCUCCGGGCAGGUGCGAGGACGGGAGAGCAUCGAAGUGAAGGCCGUGGUCAUGGGCAGAGUGGUGGGCCCGAUGGUCGGGGGGCUUUGUCGCUGUCUUGUUGAAGGCCUCGUCAGGCCAUUCUGGAUGAAAGUAAGGACGACAAGAAGGACGGGCACAGCUGUUUAGACACACAUCCGAAGAUUCCUCUUCUGUUCGCCCGGUCAGGUGUCUUCCCCAUGUCGUGGGCUAGAAGUCCAUUAUCGCAUUGUGCCCCUCCCCACAUUCACAGCCCUCCUCAACGAGAUCGCGCAGCAGUCGCAGGCAAGGGCAGCCAGCCAGGCGUCCAGAGUCACAACCAAGUCUAGACGGACAACCGCCGGCACGAGACGCACGCCCUCACGCACCCCCUCGCCCACGCCCCCAUCCAGUCGAUCACCCAGCCCGACGAGCUAUGCCUUAUCGGCCGUGUCAUUGGCCAACGAGAAGAUUGGGGAAGGUGGCGUGGUGGGCGACGAGACGGCGAAGCUGGUUGACUUCGGUACCUUAGACAUGCUGCCUGCCGAAGGCAGCGGUGAGCACAAGAAGACAAUGGUGCUGGUCUUCACCAAUCGCUCGGGCAUCCCAGCUACACUCAAGGUACACACACAUCUAUGCGAGACUGAAAGCCCGGGAGAAGAAGAGAAUUCCGCGUGUGUAUGUCUCAGCUGAAUAUGCGAACAUACUCGGCUCCGGGCGGCCCUCCGCCGCCCCUCGGCCAGCCUGCAACGUCUCCCGUGUCUAUCUCCCCCUUCUCGACCUCUAAUGCUCCGUCAGCAGUGGCGCCGACACGAACGGGGGCGCCCUCACAGAGGAGUGGUGGCACAUGGCGAUCAACAGUGGCGGGGAGGGGAGCACCCAAACAGGCAACUGCUGGUGGGUGAUGUGACAAGGCCGAAGAAUGGACGACACGCAAUGUGUCUUUGUGCCGCAGUGAAAUUGUUGUCGAGCGGACACGAGAUGUUCUCCUUCUCCUCACCUGAAGGGCGGGUGAGUCAGGCACACACAAGCGGAGCAGACACCGCAAGGGCCUCCUGCUUAUUGUCCUGCUGAUUAUUGGUGCGUUUGUUGGUUAUGUCAGCGUCACCGUGAGCACCAAUACGCGGAGGAUGAGCGCCGCAGCGCCCUGCAGGACGGCCGGGGCUUCGCCGUCAGACUCACACCGAACGACGCACUGCUGCAGCCCUUCGAGACGCUCCACGUGGUGGCCGACUGCUUUGCUGGUAUAACUGGACACACACAGAUGCCUUCACAGGUCGCAUUUAUGCAUUGUCUCUAUGCUGUGCCUGCGCAGAUAUCCCUGGUGUUUUGUCUGACGACAUUAUGGUGUCUCUCGUGCGGCCGUCACGAGGCGCCUACAACGACAAGACAGAGGAGGGGUGGUGUAUGCCAGUGAGGUCUGAGGCCAUCGGCAAGCCGCUUCUCUUCGCCCCACAGCAAGUGAGCACACCACAAAGAUAGAGAGAGAGAGAGAGAGAGACGGAGAUGCGUACACACAUGUCCGGUCGUUUGGCGUGGGCAGGUGGGCGUCAACCUGUCGUCUCUAAUGCCUUCGCUCGACUGCGGCAUAGUAGUGAAGCAGAACGACGUGCAUGCGCCAGCCAAGAAGAAGAAAGCUGUUGCUGCCUCCGUGGAAAGCGAUAUUCCCGAGCUGGUGCAUGAUCCCUCUGCAGGACGCUCCACUUACACACUCAAAGUGAGCGAGACACAUACAACACAUAUGUGUCCCACUCCCGAAUGCACACGCAGGUCCAGAACGCCUCCUGUCGGCCGAUGAGCGUCGCGUGGCAGCUCUUUGACCUCCUCUCCUUCAACGACCCCUCCCUUCGCAGAUCGCCCAUCACCCUCUCCAUCAACACCGACGGCGAAACUCCCUCUCUCACCUUCGAGGCCAACCCGCCAGACAUGGAAGCACCACCCACACCGCUGCCCUUCUCCAUCUACCCUGUCAGCCAGACUAUCAUGGCCAAGGCCACGGAGACAUUCUACGUCUCAUUCGACGGCACCAAAUGCGCGGCUGGCAGCCAUGGGGUCCGGGCGAUCGCCAAGACCGAGUGGGCGGCUGUGAAGAAGAGGAGGCCGACAACGACCCAACAGGCGGCGAUUGAGGUGGUCGACACAGAAGCCGGAGGAGAACGCCCCAACAAUGGCGUGCGCGAGGUGCGCUCUCUGCCACCGAUGCAAGACGGAAAUGACGACUCUGAUGACGAGCGAGACCACCAUGAACAAAUGCAAAUCGACGACGAAGAGCAAGAGCACGCAGCACAACCAAACAACCAGGAUCAGCAUCCUGACACGGCCACCAGCCCGGAGCCGCCCCCCUCUCUCCCCCUCCCCCCUCCCCCUCUGCUGUCGAUCGACCUUCUGGCCAGCGUGGAGACACCUCGCCUGGUCAUCGACAAGAAGCACGACAAGACCACCGGAGAGCCCACAGUCAAGUUCCAGAUAUCAACCGUCGAUAUGCUCAUGGCACUGCGGCGGAGGAAGAGGGGAAUGUCAGGGAAUGAAGACGUCACCAUGGGUGCGGGUGAGGUGCUGAUGAGUUUGUUAGAGGCUGUAAAGGACGGCGAGAGGCUGGACGGCAAGCAUCCGCUGACCACGGCCGCACUUGUGACGAAGAGGUGGGUAGGGAUGGAGGGUUGCAUGGGUCCAAAGAUUAUGUGUCAUCCCUUCGUUCGCAGGGAAGUGUCUCUGACGAAUCCACUUACAUGUCCCAUCCACUGCCAGCUCCAUGUUGAGGGAAGGUUUCGCCUCGAACACAUCUCCAUUGGCAGUGUGACGUCCUCAUCCGUCAAACUGGAAGACAAACGGACCUCAAAAGUGAGCGACAAAUCUUCACGUGCAUGGCAUGCAUUAUAACGUGUGUCUGUUCAUGAAGCCGUUCCAUUUGCCGGGCCAUUCGUCAGUGCACGUCACUGUGGCUUUCCGCCCGGCCCCGAUGCACCACUGGCACCCCCCCACCGACCAGUCAGCCGAGGUGCUCUUCAACGGCACGCUCAAGAUACACUUCAACCCUUCCAAAGCCGCGAAACAAGUAUAUAACACCACGAGCACACGCACAAUGCACACACUAUGCACGUGUGUCUCUGAUCAGGUAAUCGACCCCCAGACAGUCCGUCUCGUUGGCGUCGGUCGGCGGCCGUCGGUGUGUGUGCUGACCGAGGACCUCAGCAAGUCCAUCCCUUUGUCCAACACGACCGUCGGCUACCGCGCCAUGGGCGUUCCCCCGCCAUCAGACCAAGAUAAGGGGCGAUACCCCUGGGGCAAAGCGGGUGAGUGUGUGGUCGACUUCGGUUUUGUUCAUGUGGGCGGCAAAGUGGAGAAACGGAGGUGGGUAGAGCUGUACAACGCAAACUCUGUGCCCGCGGCAUGGUAAACUGCUGAUGGCUGGCUCAGCCUGGCUGGGAAAGCAAAACGAUAAAGCGCCGACAGCAAUUGGGUGCGUGUGUCUUCAGGAGGUUGUUCCACGUGGCGAGACAGCACAAACAGAUCAUCAGCGAGGUCACCAAGACGCUCAAAGUAAGCACACGGGCAAGCGGGCAAGAGUACGGACAAACAACUGCGCGUCCGUGUGCGUAGGAGAGGGAGGAUGAGGGCAGUCAAGACGACCCAUCCGUGUUUGUGUUUUCGCUGACCGAGGGCGUGGUUAUCGGUCCGACAAAGCCUCACUGGCCGCUGCCCCUCGGCCCUGCACUGCCAAAGGCCCAGCCACACCCGUCAGACAGCUUGCUGCUGCCCGCACAUAUCAACAUCACAUUCAAGUAGGGGAAACGGGGAGGGAGGGAACCGAGGGACACACCAUAUGUGCGUGUGUGAUAUCAGGCCUGUCCGCAACGUCCUGUACAAGUGUCGCUACCGUGUGUUUGUUCAUGGGGGUGUGAGUGUGGACUUUGUCUGCCGCGGGUGCGGCAGCUACGAUGAGGAGGACGAUGCAUACGACGCUGACGACGCAUGACUGACAGACAUGCACGCGUGCAUGGACAAAGUAUUUGUGGCUCUGUGUGUGCUUCAUCGGUCAGUGCAUUUGUCAAUCAACACGUGAUGAUGG